AUGUUGACAAAUGACUGCUGCAAGGUGGCGGAUACUUUAAUGAACGAACAAUCAGUUGCCUUUGACCGAACGUCACUUCCGGGAUUGCUGUUGGCGGGCAGACGGGGAUUGCUAGCUGUGUUACUGAAGUUAUUGUAUUACUUAGCGUAUAGCCUUUUGAAUGGACAAAGAAGUUCAUCAGCAUUGAACCUCGAAGGGUUUUUUGUCUCGACUAUUGUAGCCCAGUCUGUUGCAAGCUUAAAACUCACCAGAAAUCACAGUUCAUCAAUUGACUUUACGACGCGUUCAGACGUUUUCAUCGUAACGGCUUCCUCAUUUCUCGUCAAGCUGGCGGCCAUAGCAGUGAAAGGCAAUACGGAGGAGGGGCAGCAGCAGCAGCAGCAGCAGCAGCCACCUAUAGUGCCUGAAACUCCCACUGGAGUUACAGAAACUACGGCAUCACCAGAGCAGGAAGAAGAAGAAGAAUAUGUGGUUGAAAAGGUUUUGGACCGAAGAGUGGUGAAAGGAAAAGUGGAAUUCCUGCUGAAGUGGAAGGGUUUCUCAAAUGAUGACAAUACAUGGGAACCAGAGGACAAUUUGGACUGCCCUGAUCUUAUUGCAGAAUUCAUGCAGAAGUACAAAGAGAAGGAGGAAAAAAAGAAGGAAGGCAAGAGAAAACCAUCCAAUGAAGCAGCUGGCACACCAGAGGAGAGAGCAAGCAAGAGGAAGAAGGACGAGGGUGAAAAAGUCAGAGGUUUUGGGAGAGGUCUGCAGCCAGAAAGAAUUAUUGGUGCAACUGAUUCAAGUGGUGAGCUGAUGUUCCUGAUGAAAUGGAAGAAUUCAGAUGAGGCUGACCUUGUCCCAGCCAAAGAAGCCAACAUCACUUGUCCCCAGGUGGUCAUCUCUUUCUAUGAGGAGCGCCUUACCUGGCACUCUUAUCCCGCAGAGGAAGAGGAGAAGAAGGAGGAGGGGAAAAAAGCUAAUUAAGUGAACACAUAAGUCAGAGAAUUUGAGGUGCAGGAUUGUAAUUAAAGUACAGUACUUACUCAUGUAAAUCAAGCUGACUGUAAUGCCUACUUUGGCAAGUGAGAAAAUUUCAGGGACUGGGGUCUUAGUUUCCACUACCGUAUUUUCGCGACCAUAAGGCGCACCAUAUUAUUGGGCACAGGUGUGGUACAAUUGUACCUUUAUUUUUGUAAGCAUAAGAACAAGCUUAUACCCCGCACCCCCACUACGACUGAUGCAAGCAUGUCACCAGUCAGCAUGCCAUUCUCACCCACAGUGUCACACCAAACCAAAAUCAUUACACCACAGCAAAAAGAACACAACCAGCGGACACGAAACCAAUGAGCAAAGAAAUAAUUGACACAGAACAUCCACUUCAAACACUAUCUACAGUCAUGUUUAGUGCAACAAAGCAUAUGGCUAGGUAGCGACUUUCGCUUAAAAAAUGGGGUAGCUUGCAUGCACGCUAUUUAAAAAGGCACUGCAGGCAAAACUGAGUUCAGUUGUACUUUGUUGAAGUAUUUAACAAUGUAAACAGUGAUUUUGGCUGCACUUUAUUAUUACUGAAGUAUUUAACAAUGUAUGUAGUCAUUUUUUUUUUAUUCAUCCUCAUCCACAAAUCUAUCAAAGUCAUUAUCUUCUGUAUCCAAAAUGAACAGCUUGGGAAGUUCUCCAUCAAACAGGCCAGGUUCCCUCUCGUUAUUCUCAUUGUCAAGAGUCAUUCUUGUUACCAUGCGGCUCCUCAUAUAUGAAUACUGGCUUUUAGACCAACAGUGUAAUCAGACAGGUUAGCCCAAGAAUCCACAAUCCUUUCACCAUUUGUGAUGUAACUCACCCAACGCUGCCUCCCAGUCUUAAUAAAGCUGUGUUCGGCAUUUGU